AUGACGAUACUCACCUGUAAAGAAUUCCAUGUUAAUUGCCGUGCUCGAAACCAAGUGGUACCAGCGAAUCCAGACAUUGCGGGUAUAGGCGUCAUACUAUCAUUCAUCACAACCACCUGUUUCGCCUUCAUUCUCGCAUUUGUCGUUAUGUUCCUCGAGCGCUACAACUCCAUCCGCGCCUUUUCCCGCAAGCACAUCCAAAAGCUGCCGCCCAAAGACUACUCCCGCGAACACUACAGCUGGCGCACGCACAUGUUCUGGUUCCGCAUCCUCAGCAAGAACCUCCUCGCCUUCAGCGACACGCAGCUCGUCACCGGCCUGGCCGUCCAAUUCACCGCUAUCCUGAAGCACUGCGAGCUUUCCGUCUACCAUUUUGUUAUCGUUGUUGAACUCGCGUUUUUGACGACGGUCACGCAUCUCCUCACGCUCGUCGCGCUUCGCAACUUCUUUGUGGCAAAUCCGUGGGUGAACUUACCACGGAUCUUCUUCAUGAUGGCGAAUUUGGGAUUAUUAGGGUAUACGUCGUAUAUCGCGUACUCGUAUGACAUCGCUGGCUUGAAGGCGUCGUCUCCAUUGGCAUGUUUCUACCAGGGCCACCGACCGCCUUUCAAAGCUGCGUUUGCAGGCAGAUGGGGAGCUUUACUGGUUGGCGCGAUUGGUGGGCACCUUUCUAUUGUCAUCGCUAUGUACUUCCUCGAGAGCGAGAACAAGCAGGGGAAGAUCCUUAAAGGGUGGGCAUUCAUACGAAACUGGUUCUUGGCUCCUCUCUAUGCGAUCUACGGCGUCGCAUAUGGGGGUAUCGCGCUCCACAAAACGCAGGCCUUAGGCGUGGCAUCAGUCGACAUCCAAGGGAGCGAGAAGGAAUGGGGAUUCGGCCAAUUCCUACCGAUGCUCCUCCUCGCUCUCCCGCUCUUCGCAGGCUGGGAAUCCUUCUGGGAGGAGCACGACGAGUCUGAACGGGGGGUGAAGCACUUCUCAAUCGCCACGACUCCGAGCGGUAAUGCACUCGACCGCAACAGCAGCCAAGGCGACGAGAUGACGACGUUCAUGCCGAAGUAUAAUCCAGCGCCUCACCACUCGGCCGAUUACUCCAGUUUGGAAGCACAGACGCAAAGUGAUAGCCCGACUCCGAGUCCUAGAAUACUUAGCCCGGGGCAUAGUCCGCGACCUAGCCUUGGCCGUCCAAGGUUCAGUUCGACCUCUUCGCUGAGUGCGUCUCAGAGUCCUCGUCCUGGGCAAACGGUUAGAUUCGAUACGAGUCCUGCGCAUACGCCUGGUUCGACGGGUAGUCCUCAUCCGAGUCCGUGGCCGCUUUCUACAUGA